AAGUCUUCGACUUUGGGCUGCUAAUAAGUUACAUUUCUUCAAUCUCUUCUCCCCUGAAAACCCUUAACACAAGCUUCCAACAAUGGCGCGUAAAUCAUCCCUUCUCAAACGAGCAGCCAUCGCCGUCGUCUCCGUCAUCGCCAUCUACGUCAUCCUCAACGCCUCCGUCAGCCCCUCCCUCCCUUCCUCCUCCGAUCUCAUCCGCGAAGAAGAUGAACAACCACGUGCUCCGAUUCAUCCCAAAGUUAAAGUUUACAUGUACGAUCUCCCCAACAGAUUCACUCACGGCAUAAUCGAGCAGCACGCAAUCGUCCGCAAUGGGCUGAAGAACCCCAUCGAUGACGUCACCACGCUCAAGUAUCCGGGUCACCAGCAUAUGCACGAGUGGUACCUUUUCUCGGAUCUAAACCGACCCGAGGCGGAUCGACCCGGGUCUCCGAUCACCCGCGUGUCGGAUCCUGCCGACGCCGAUCUUUUCUACGUCCCCGUGUUCUCUUCCCUCAGUUUAAUCGUGAACGCGGGUCGACCCGUGGAUCCCGGGUCGGGUUACAGCGACGAGAAGAUGCAGGAGGAGUUGAUGGACUGGCUUGAGAGCCAAGAGUGGUGGAGGAGGAACAAAGGGAGAGAUCACGUGAUUCCCGCGGGUGAUCCGAACGCGCUGUAUCGGAUCUUGGACCGGGUCAAGAACGCGGUUCUCCUGGUGGCGGAUUUUGGGAGGCUUAGGCCUGAUCAAGGAUCGUUCGUUAAAGAUGUGGUGAUACCUUACUCUCAUAGGGUCAAUCUCUUCGCUGGAGAGAUUGGCGUGGAGGCUCGCAGCACGUUGCUCUUCUUCAUGGGGAAUCGAUACCGCAAAGAUGGCGGGAAAGUUCGUGAUUUGCUAUUCCAAGUACUUGAAAAGGAAGAAGAUGUAACCAUCAAACAUGGAACUCAAUCCAGAGAGAACCGGCGAGCCGCUACGAAAGGAAUGCAUACUUCAAAGUUCUGUCUAAACCCCGCGGGUGACACUCCAUCCGCAUGCAGACUCUUUGACUCCAUAGUCAGCUUGUGUGUGCCCGUCAUUGUAAGCGAUAGCAUCGAGUUACCUUUCGAAGAUGUUAUUGAUUACAGAAAGUUUUCGAUUUUCGUCGAGGCCGGUGUAGCUCUGGAGCCAGGGUUUUUGGUUGGGAUGCUGAGGAGAAUAGGAACCGAGAAGGUUCUUGAGUAUCAAAGAGAGAUGAAACAGGUAAGACGGUAUUUUGAUUAUGAUAACCCAAAUGGAGCAGUGAAGGAGAUCUGGCGUCAAGUCUCACAGAAGCUGCCACUCAUCAAGCUAAUGAGUAACCGUGAAAAACGUCUUGUCUUAAGAAAUUCUACUGAACCAGACUGCUCAUGUCUAUGCACAAACCAAACUGGUCUAGUCACUUCCGUAUAACCAAAUUUGCUUCGUCUCUCAUCAGAUUGUGGAGGAGCUUGAACUCUCUCAACUUCUUGGCCCCGAGACUUACAGAAGGAGAUAUCCACCUCAAGUGGCCUAACCUUUUCGGUAGGGAAACAGAUAAGUAAACACGCAUUGGUAACAGAUUCGUAAGGAAGAUAGAUUUUGAAAUACUUCUUUGCUUGUAGAUUCCAUUAGUUUUCUCGUACUUGGUAGUAUUAGAGUUUCACACUUUAAACGGACCCAACAGCUAUUCUUUUUGACCUCAUUGUUACUAUGCACAUGUCAGAAAAAGUGAAUUACAACUCAGGCUUCA